ACUUUCUGAAUGGAUCCGCGAAGUAAAUAGAUUGGCAUCACUGGUUAAGAUUUCCAAUUUCACGUUGGUCAGUUUUCUUUAUUUACUUAACAGGGUGCAAGUUUCUGUUCUGUUGGCGGAAAUAUUUCUUUACAACCCGCCCGUGGUUAUGUUUUUUGUCCUUCCAACUGUUUCCUCGGAAUCUCUAUUCAAAGGCAUCAAAGACUUUAUUAAUAAACCGAUAAUAAUUGUUAAUUGAAAAUUUUGUUGAUAAUUUUGUGCGUGAGUGCCUGUAGACACAUUCCAUUCGGGGCUUCACACCAUCCGACGUAUCGCUUAUGUAUCAUUUACAACGGUAGAAUGAGGUGCCUUGUAUCUACAUAUUAUUAAUACGUUACAUACACAUGUCGGAGCGACGGAUAAAUACGGCAGAAAAUAUGUCAAAUACUUAUUGUUUUGAUGAAGUGCAACCCCUUGAUGUAAGCGAUAUCAUCGAUGUUUCGGCCUUUGACUUCUCGGACGACGAGAGAUGGCUUCAUGUGUGUGCAAAUUGUUCACCGGAGGGCAAUGUCCAGGAUCUAAACAGCUGGUUAAGAGAUGGACCAGAAUUAGAUUUAGAGGAAAAUGAAGCUCUUAAUGGCACAAGACGCUCUAUCGACACGAGAACGUUCACAAGACCUAAAAAGCGUAACAACAGAAUGAGUUUUGAAUCUAUAAUAGAAGCAUUGUCGCCACCAGCUUCAAAUGUAUGGAAGAGAUCGUCUCCAGCAGUAGCAGGCACUAAUCUGGAUCUGGACAAAGAAAUCAGUUUGACAAAUAGCGCAAAGGAAUCCGUACCAGCUAUGUUAAAUCCAACAUCAAGCCAAGUUAGAUCUGGUAUCCUUGGAUCAUCUGGACAAGAAAGUAUGGAAGCAUUCUUGAAUUUAUCAAAAGCUAAAGGAAUUGAUUCGUUCAUAAAUUUGACCGAACCAGAGUUUGCCGAUCCAUUGAUGAAUGUGUCGCAGCCUUCUGAAUUGGGCUGUUCCCUGAUGAACACGUCGAAAGAAUCUCUAUCACAUGAACAAAGUAUUGUAGACUCACAGAUUCUAACGAAUUCAAUGAUGAAGACAAGCAUGUUUGGCGACAUAUCGGAUAUAAAUGAUUUUAAUGAUGAGACAUUUUUAAAGGAAUUUGAAAACAAUAUCACGAUAAAAAACCGUAAUGCAUGUGGGGACAAUACUUUUACAACCAACUACCAAUCAAUGGAAAAAGAAAACGUGAACAGUUUAUUCAACACAUGUACACCAAGAUCUGCAACAUCGUUACCUAGGCAUUCGUUACCUAUAGAAAUAAACAAACAGACAACAAAUACAAUUUUCACAUCAUCACCCGUUGAGAAGAUUGAUUUGGAUGAAACGUUGACCACCAUUCAGAGUAAUGAUAGUAAAUUACCAAAUGGAUUGAACAGUACUUUUUUGUCGCAAAAACAAACUUUAGAAACUGUUAAUAUUACCCUUAAUUUAAACCAUGAUUUUACUAAUCAUACGUCUAAUGGAGAUCAAGAUUUAAGGAGUAAUUUUUCGUCGGAAGAAAAUGUCUAUUGCAACAGAACAUUAUCUCUGGGAACAAUAAAUUCAACAUUUAAUGGACCAACUGAUUUAAGAAGAGAACUAUUAGAACAAGUUCAACGUAGUACUGAGCAGAAUUUAGAUUCUACAUACAACCACAUCACAGAAGUACCUAGCAAAGAUAUAUGUGCUAUUAAUCAUAACAACACUUAUAGAAAGAAAUCUCCUAAACUCCAUGUAAACCAAAACGAAUCAGCAAGUCCAGAUAUACCGACUCGCCAAAAUAGUGACAAAAAAUAUUACACCUUCACUAAAAAGACGAAUAUGGCUGAUUUAAAAGCAAAAAUCGAAAAUGAACCAUCCCUUGAAAGGUUGGACAGUACAUUUGCUAAACCUCCAAUUUCAAAUAUCCAAAAAAAAUUGCAAGCUCCUCGAGUCUUAUCAAAACUACCACAAUUGUUUCAAAAAUCAAAUCCAAACUUGGCUACAAAUGGUUUGAGAACUUUUGAUAUACAUAGAUAUUCUAAUGUACCGAAUUCAAAGUAUGCAAGAACAUGUCAACCAGGUAUUCCAAGAAAUGUCGAGGGUUCUUUGGUAAAUAAAUUAAUGCCUUUGGGUCGAUUGAAAAGCGGAUCAGAACAGAGAUUACUGGAAGUAGGUGGAAAUGCAAAGGAAUUCCGAAACAAAGGUGCUUCCGGCUCCACUGAAAGCAUCGAGAGUACGCAAAGUGCACACAGCGCUCCUGAUCUUGAUGACCGGCUGAGCAUCUGCUCUGAUAGCAGUCAUACUUCGUAUAAUUCGCAGCUCAUAAAUUCUGCGCAAUUACAUUACAUUGCUGGGCUGCAAGAGCAAAGCUUAAAGCAAAUUUCAACACCAAAACCGAACAGAAGAGUACUGGAAAAUAAUUGGAUGGAUGCGGAAAAGGACUUGCCUUCUCCAAUACUAAAAGCUACAUCUCAAGAAAAUGAGCAUAGCUCUUCACAAACCGUAACUUGUGCCGUUAAGACUAUUUCCCCAUUUUUGGAGCCUGUUGGUCCAUCACUCGAAGCAAUAGGCGCAAGUGAAAAUCAUAUCAACGAUGUACCAUGUGUUACAACAUAUCAAGGACAAAAUAAUGUGUCAAAAAAACCAGAGAUGCUGGUUAGGCCAAUGAAAAAUGCAGCAAUAGAAAAUAAAACAAGGUUAAGAGCCCCAACUAAUUGGGGUGCUCCUAACAGAACAUCUGGCGUUGGAAGUGGAAUACCACGUCCAGCAUCACGUAUUCCAGCGCCAAGAUUUUCUCGACCGAGUUAUGCAAAUAAUCAGACAGAGUGGAAGAAAGGAUGUUCGUAGAGUUAUUUGAUGCUAAACAAUAUUACAAUGCACUUGUGUUGUGAAUACAAUAUUGUAAUAAACUUCCGCUAGACAGAGGUGACUUAAUCUCCAUGCUUGAUAGUUAUUUUAUGUUAUACUACGUAAUAUGUAUAUACAAUUCUUGCUGCAGUUCUCAUCAGUAUCAGAUUGCUAUAACUUGGAUUAUGAGUCAGUAUUGAAAAUUUUUCUGAAACACACCUAUAUGCUCGUUACAGCAACGAAGCACGUUUGCUCAUUUAUUCAUUAUUCGCAGUAAAUAUUAUCCGUAUUUUUUUUUCUGCUUAAUGAACACUGUGUCUCAAGAAAAUUAAUUAGUCUAAUUUCAUAUAAAUUUCUACUUCUGAAUAUAUGUAUUCGAAACUAAUGAGAACUUAUUGGAUCUGAAAUUAUUGUAAAUAAAUUGGAAUUAGGUAUUGUCAUAUCGAUAAUGCAUCGCUAAUAUAUUAGAAUUUGACAUGUAGUUUUGAGAUAUUCAAUUAAAUUAUUUAGUGGUCACAACCAACCGAUAAAAGAGUAUAACCCUAGUGGUCUAGAGACCAUCAUUUCUUUGCUAUUUUAAAAGCAUUCGAAUACAGGAGAAAAAAUCUCUGGCAGAUCUUUCUCUAUAGUUCAAAUAUUGUAUUUUACCAUGAAGUUAUUUACAGGUAGACUAGAUUCGAAUGCUGUACAAAAUUGUUGAUAUGUAUCUUUCCUACAAACUAAAUUCAAUGU